AUGUCGUCAUCAUCAUCAUUAUUGGAACAGGCUUUACUCCAGAAGUGUUUUGGCCGACAAGAGCAUGAUGAUGAUGAUCCAAAUUGUCCUUCCAUGAGGACUCCUCUCUCCAUUGUAGCCUCAUUCCUUCCACCUUCUCAAUGGUUGAAGAGCCUCUUUCUUCUCUCCUCCAAAAUUUAUGAGCCUUUCCGAUGCGGCCGUAUCGAGGAAUCCCUCUUGCAAGAUCAAUCGACUCGGAAGGAUCAACACUUGCCAUCAUCAUCAUUACGGAAAGAACAAAUUUGGUAUGAACAAUGUCAAUUCUCUUUUCCUGAUGUCCUUCUCAAUGAGGAGUGUUCAAAAGAUUAUUCCCAAAAAAAGGAAUUUAAAAAGUUGUUCAUUCAGCAAUGUCAGGUAUUGAAGAGAUACAAGAGUGGGUUGUAUCAUCAUACAUGUUUGGAAGGACAUUUGGCUUCUGUGAGUGCUUUGUGUUGUACCGUUUUGGAAAAGUCCUUGUCCAUCCAUUUUCCAACAUUGUUUUCAGGAGAUUUAAAAACAGGUAUUGCCCAAUGGGACUUGAGAUCAACAUUGCAAAUGAAAACGAGUGAUUAUCAUUGCAAUGAUGAGGGGAAAAUCAUCAAACUAUUGAGCUAUCGAUUCGUGCAAGAAGUUGAACAAGAGGAGAAUCCAUCGUCGACGACAAGUAUUUUGACUGUAUUGCCCUACUCGGAUGAUGGAAUCACAGCAGGAAACGCGAAAAGUUCAGAACCUUUCACAAAGACUCUUUGUUUGAGCUGUACGAGUGGAAAUGAGCAAGAUGGAAGCCAUUCCUCACUCGUUGUGUUUGACGGUAUGGAUGGAAGUGUGAAAUAUUCCAUCACCAAAGGCCUUAAUGAGAGUAAGAAAGGCCAAUCCAAAGUUUUGGAUUUCAAUCAUAUUGGAAUGGAUUAUAUCUUGAAUUCUGUUUCGAAUUGUUUGAAUGUUUGGAAACUGAAUAAGGAGUACAAACGCUACGAACUGUUACAUCAAUUGGAUGACCCUCACCAAUACGAUGUCACAUCCAUUAAGGUCAUUCCAGGACAAGUCCCUCUCGUUGCAACCUCAGGUUUGGAUUCUCAUAUUUGUGUGUGGAAUGUGGAGAGCGGAAAGUUAAUGACCAAGAUUGGAUUACCACACACGAGUCCAAUCAAAUCCAUGUUUGAAAUAUUUACCCUGAAUCAAAUGAUCAUCAUUCUGAGUGUUAGUAUGGAUGGAUCUAUGACUCUUUCGUACUGUAACGCGAAGGAAGUCUCUCAAUGGAAAGAAUCGACAAUUCUCACAAAACAUAGCUCUGGAAGCUCUGUGUUGUGUUCAUCUAUUAUUUCCACAGGUAUUCCUGGUCAAAUCUUAUUCUCUAUUUCAUUCCAAAAUAGAACAGUCGAGCUUUAUGCUCUGAAAUUGCUACCAAGUGAGACAGACUCCCUUCACUUCCAAUUAUCAUCCCAACCUUUCAUUCUCUCAAAUCCCAGUGUUGUUAACAACAUGAUUCUCACCAGAAACAAGCUAAUUUGUUCCAGUAGAGAUUGUAUGGUGAGAAUGUUCUCUCUUUCAUGCUCUCCCAAUUUUGAUAGAGUCUUAAAUUGUGACCUGGUUUCUGAGCUUGAUUGUGUCUCUUCACAAUGUUUCUCGAUGGCCCUAACUCCAGACCAGUCCAUUCUCUUGCUUGGUCUUUCAGAUGCUGCUAUUUAUUAUUUGAAAUUUAGCCCAAGAUACGAAUGGGAUUAUCCUCGAUUCGAACUUGGCAAGGAUGAUCUUGUGUAUGAUAACAAUAUUCAUGCUUAUUUGAAACCCCCAUAUGAAGAGUUCAGUAUUGAUCAUGUGAAACGUCCAGAAGAAGACUUGAAGCGAAUUAAGUGCGAGAAAUUCUUAAAUCACAUUUACAAGGGACGAGAAAAAACCUAUCUCAUUCAUCAUUUACUCUCAGAGCAAGAAUGUCAACAUUUGAUUGACAUGACAGAAAAACUCUCCUAUGAAGAUUGCUAUGGUUAUCACAAAGAUUAUCGAUCCAACAAGAGAGUCAUUGUUGAAGAUAAGAUUACUGCUCAAAUUCUUUCCGAGAGAGCCAAACCUCUUCUCCCACAAGAAUAUGUGGAUGACAAUGGUCAAGUAUGGGAUUUGAAAUUUGCAAACUCACGUUGGAGAUUUUGUAGAUACACACCAGGACAACACUUUUUAGCACCUCAUCAAGAUGGAUUCUACGAGGUUGACAAAAACACACGAAGUUUCUUCACCUUCAUGAUGUAUCUGAAUGGAGGCUAUGAAGAGGGACGAACAACUUUUAUUGAAGCCAAGAAUAAGCAAGGACCUCCUCAACCACCAUUUAUUGAAGUUGGACAAGUAGAGCCACAAGCUGGAUUGUGUAUUGUCUUUCCUCAUCAUUUGUUGCAUUAUGGAUCUGUGCUGAAGAGUGGUGUGAAAUAUUUAAUGCGAAGUGAACUGAUUUAUGAGAGAAGAAGAAGAAUUCAAUCGAAUCAACAAUAA